AACCACCUCCUCGAUUUCGGGGGUCACACUCACACGCACAGGAGUCUCAUGACUCUCAUCCAUGAAUCAAACUUCUAGAAUCCUCUAGAAGGUCAGAAUUCAGAACACCCGCGUCUCUCCCCUUCCCCUGCUCCCGGCCUCUCUGCGCUGCGGCGAUGCGGUGGCUACCGAGGCUGCUCUCUCACGCCGCCGCGGCCGGGAGGGCCUCCGCGGCGGCGAGGUCCACCACUGGUCUCGUCAAGGGAGGAGGAUCCCACGGGUUCGCCAGCGGCGGCUGGGAUGGGUCAACGGCGGUGCCCCGGGAGUGGCUGCGGAAGCUGUGGGUAGACGAGCUGAGGAAGCAGAAGGAGGCCGCGAGGAGGUGGGGCGUCGGCGCGUCAUCUUGGAACACCGGCGGCGGUGCGGAGCCUUCGCUCGGCGCGUUCGCGAGUUCUGUGGAGGUUGCGGGAGCAGCCAGGGAGGCACCGUCAAGGAGCUCUCAGUACAAAUACCAGGACCUCAACCCCUUCGAGGCCAGACUGGCUCCACUUCUUGCAAGAGCUAACCUCAUCAUUGCCAGGGAUAUUGAGUGGGCGAACAUCAUGUUUGCUUUUGAGCAGGAGAGCAGGUAUAUCAUAAUGGACCCACUCUUUCCACAAUCUCCAGUAGGUUUUAUUCGAGAGAAAAGCAACGUCAUCUUUAGGCAGCUACUCAGAACAAGAAGGCCAUUUGUUGCAGAAAUAACAGAUGCUAUGGGUAACGAGAUAUUUAAGGUUCGCAGGCCAUUUUGGUGGAUUAACAGCUCAAUUUAUGCAGAAGUGGAUGGUAAGGAGAUAGGUGUAGUUCACAGGCGUUGGCACCUUUGGCGGAGAAUUUAUGACCUGUACUUAGGGAAUAGGCAAUUUGCAGUUGUUGAGAAUCCAGGAUUCUGGAACUGGACCUUUAGCCUGGUGAAUGAAGAUGAUAAACUGUUGGCUCAGAUUGAUCGUAACUGGAGGGGCAUUGGCUUUGAGCUCUUCACGGAUGCUGGCCAGUAUGCUAUCCGGUUUGGUGAUGAGGGACAGAGCCACAAGUUUGCUCUUGCUGCAGAUGUUGAUGAACUGCAUGUGGUUCGCCAGCUGACUUUGCCUGAAAGGGCAGUGGCUCUUGCUCUCGCGAUUUCCCUGGACAGUGAUUACUUCUCUAGAAGAGGUGGCUGGGGACUUCCGUUUCUGAUUGCCACAGAGUAGACACACGUACCACCAUCGCCCAUAUACAAGGAUUUUUUUUUCAUUCCUGAAGAAGGCUAGCAGUUACACUCAGUACUGUUAUCAGGUGGUUGCCAUCAUCACCAGAGGCAGGAACUGCUGCGUGCUUCUGCUUCAUCGAAACCUGAAAGCGGAAGUUGCCUAAGGAGAGAUUUCCGAAGCCUUUAUUUUCCCUUUGUUUCUGUAUGCAUAGUGGAAGCAAUUCAUCCCUCUGUUAUGGAGAUGCACACUGAAGUUCUUAUUGUGGAACUCGUCAUUUUCGUUUUCUGGUUUUUUUUCGGAAGAUUCUUAUAAUUAUGUAUGUGGUAGUUUGAUUUUAGUAUCUAGAUCUUGGAUUUGACGCCACCA